AUGAACGACGCGCAUGAGUCCGGGGUCCCGUCCGGCAUCGUCCCCAUCCUCCAGAACAUUGUAUCAACAGUCAACUUGGAGUGCAAGGUCGAUCUGCAACAUGUCGCCAACAGUGCUCGUAACGCAGAGUACAACCCAAGGCGUUUUGCUGCGGCUAUCAUGAGGAUAAGGGAGCCCAAGACAACGACACUGAUAUUUGCUUCAGGGAAGAUGGUCUGCACCGGAGCAAAGAGCGAAGCCGAUUCAAGGCUCGCUGCGCGUAAGUUUGCGCGUAUCGUCCAGAAGCUCGGUUCCCCAGCUCGGUUCAAAGAUUUCAAGGUCCAAAAUAUAGUUGGGUCAUGUGACCUCAAGUUUCCUAUUCGUCUGGAGGGCCUCGCUUUGGCCAGUGGUUUGUCUGCCACUUAUGAACCAGAGAUCUUCCCUGGGCUGGUCUACCGUAUGGUGGACCCUAAGGUCGUGAUCCUCGUCUUCGUCUCCGGGAAGAUUGUCCUCACAGGAGCAAAGGUGCGGGAAGAGAUAUGCGCGGCCUUCGAGAAGAUACACCCGAUGCUUGUGCAGUUCAGGAAACGGUCGUAGCCAGGGACGGUUAGCGGUGGGGCGAGUCCCCUAUCGCUCCCGAGGACAUAGUUUCAU